AUGCCUCACUACUGCUAUUUGCUACGUUCGUUAAACGAGAAGUAUAGAAACUCAACAUAUAUCGGAUAUACUGUUAAUCCUAAAAGAAGGAUUAGGCAGCAUAAUCGAGAGAUUAAGAAUGGAGCUUUCAAGACUCAUCGAGCCAUGCCUUGGGAAAUGAUUUGUGUCGUCUGCGGAUUUCCAGACAAGAGGGAAGGCCUGCGAUUUGAAUGGGCGUGGCAACAUCCUGUUCAUAGCAAAAUCUGUCGUGAAUUUAUAUCUGCAACGCUAGAGAGACGUCGAAAGUACAUCUCGAAGCUGGAGAUUGCUCUACGGAUGGUUUCGGUGUAUUUCUUCUAUGACCUAGUUAUCUCAUUCCCCUUGGAGUGA